CUUUCUCUCCAUCAAAACCCCCCAACAAGCAAGCACAAAGCUGAAGAAACUCCCUCCCUCAAAACCACCAUAAACACAAGCAGCAACCACAAAUCUUCCCUCGUAAAACCUAAAAUGGCUACUUCCAUGGGUAAUUGGGCUAAAACCCCGAUUUCCCGCCCUAUUUCCUCAAACUCAUCACUAGGUUUCGGCUUCUCUCACACAUCCAUCUCCUGGAAGAAACGGAAUCCCUACAGGAGAAGCAGCAACACUAUUCGCUCAGCUUUACACUCUCCUUCGGUUCUUCAUUUUCCCAAACAACCAUACCAAACCCCCUUACUUCCCUCACAGUUACAUGACACCUCUGUACAUUCAAAACCCAAACAACAGCCACAGUGGAGUCCCCUCCAAAGAGCUGCAUCCAUGGCCCUUGACAUGGCAGAAAACGCCUUGCUCUCACGCGACCUUCACCACCCACUUCCUAAAACCGCUGACCCACGUGUGCAAAUCUCAGGAAACUUUGCUCCUGUCCCCGAACAGCCCGCCAAGCAAUCUCUAUCCGUCGCCGGCGCCAUCCCUUCUUACAUCAACGGCGUUUACCUCCGCAACGGUGCCAACCCUUUAUUCGAGCCCGUCGCUGGCCAUCACUUGUUCGACGGUGACGGCAUGAUACAUGCUGUUUCCAUCGAUAAUGGAAAAGCUAGCUACGCUUGUCGGUUUACCGAAACGCAAAGACUUCGACAGGAAAAAGAACUAGGCCGCCCUAUUUUCCCUAAAGCAAUCGGUGAACUACAUGGUCACUCAGGGAUUGCUAGACUUUUACUGUUUUAUGCGAGAGGCCUUUUCGGCCUCGUCGAUCACACGAAAGGCACUGGUGUAGCUAAUGCUGGUUUAGUCUAUUUCAAUAACCGGCUUCUUGCUAUGUCCGAAGAUGAUAUUCCUUAUCACGUGCGUGUCACUUCCUCGGGUGACUUGGAAACAGUUGGGAGAUACAACUUUGAUGAUCAACUUAAAUCAACAAUGAUUGCACAUCCCAAAAUCGACCCUCUUUCCAAGGAACUCUUUGCUUUGAGUUACGACGUUGUCCAAAAGCCCUACUUGAAGUAUUUCAAGUUUUCACCUGACGGUACUAAAUCCCCCGACGUUGAGAUUCCUCUUCCGGUGCCCACUAUGAUGCAUGAUUUUGCCAUCACUGAGAACUUUGUAGUGAUACCUGAUCAGCAAGUGGUGUUCAAGCUACAAGAAAUGAUAACCGGAGGUUCUCCUGUGAUUUACGACAAGAACAAAAAGUCUCGGUUCGGGAUUCUUUCAAAGAAUGCAAGUGAUUCAAAUGAUAUCAUAUGGGUGGAAUCUCCUGAUACUUUCUGUUUUCAUCUAUGGAACGCUUGGGAGGAGCCUGAAUCGAAUGAAGUUGUGGUGAUCGGAUCCUGCAUGACGCCUCCCGACUCCAUUUUCAACGAAUCCGACGAGAAUUUAAAGAGCGUACUCUCCGAAAUCAGGCUUAACUUAAAGACAGGCGAAUCCACGCGCCGCCCAAUAAUCUCAGAAUCCGAGCAAGUGAACUUGGAAGCUGGGAUGGUGAACAAGAACCGGCUUGGAAGGAAGACAAGGUACGCUUAUCUCGCCAUUGCCGAACCAUGGCCGAAAGUGUCGGGAUUUGCCAAGGUAGAUCUUUUCACCGGGGAGGUAAAAAAACACAUCUAUGGUGACAAAAGAUAUGGUGGGGAACCCUUUUUCCUGCCUCGAGACGACAACCCUGAAUCAAUUGAAGAUGAUGGAUGCAUUCUUUCUUUUGUUCACGAUGAGAAGACAUGGAAAUCAGAACUCCAGAUUGUGAACGCCAUGAAUUUACAGUUGGAAGCUUCAAUUAAAUUACCUUCAAGAGUUCCAUACGGCUUUCAUGGAACUUUCAUUGACGCUAAGGCCCUGGUCAAUCAAGCUUGAUUAGACAUAAGUUUAAAAUUAAGAAAUAUUGCCCUACGAGGAGACUUUUACCAGAGGGAUGAUACACAGCACAGAUCCAGGAGACUUUUACCAGAGGGAUGAUUCACAGCACAGAUCCCCGGAUUCUCCUGCAACUUUUUAUCUUUUUGAGUUAUACAUAAAUAGUUUUUUUUUUUUUUUUUGUUUUUUCCUGCCUUUGUUUGUUAUAGGUUUGAAGGAACCAGCUUGAAGCUUUUUUAGCAUUGUAGCUAGAAAAUUUGAGCUCAGCUGGUUUCUGUUUGCUUCCUGUCGUUUCGCUUUUACAUUUGUAUAUAAUAAAAUGUUUACAGUUUUACAA